GUUGCUCUUUCUCUCCUUGGCUUUGCCGCCGGCGUCUGCGGCCGCGCGGGACCGGGCCGGGGCCUCCGCCGAAUCCGCCGCCAUCCUCCUCCUCCCGCCGCCGCCAUGACGGAGCAGAUGACGCUGCGCGGCACCCUGAAGGGCCACAACGGCUGGGUGACGCAGAUCGCCACCACGCCGCAGUUCCCGGACAUGAUCCUCUCCGCCUCGCGGGACAAGACCAUUAUCAUGUGGAAGCUGACCCGGGACGAGACGAACUACGGGAUCCCGCAGCGAGCCCUGCGUGGUCACUCACACUUCGUCAGCGACGUGGUCAUCUCCUCCGACGGGCAGUUUGCUCUCUCAGGCUCCUGGGACGGCACCCUGCGUCUCUGGGACCUCACCACAGGCACCACCACCCGCCGCUUCGUGGGCCACACCAAGGACGUGCUGAGCGUGGCCUUCUCAUCUGACAACCGCCAGAUCGUUUCGGGCUCCAGGGACAAGACCAUCAAGCUCUGGAACACCUUGGGCGUCUGCAAGUACACGGUGCAGGACGAGAGCCACUCGGAGUGGGUGUCGUGUGUGCGCUUCUCUCCGAACAGCAGCAACCCCAUCAUCGUCUCCUGCGGCUGGGACAAGCUGGUGAAGGUCUGGAACUUGGCUAACUGCAAACUGAAGACUAACCACAUCGGGCACACGGGCUACCUGAACACAGUGACCGUCUCCCCCGAUGGGUCGCUCUGCGCCUCUGGCGGCAAGGAUGGCCAGGCCAUGCUGUGGGACCUGAACGAAGGCAAGCACCUGUACACCCUGGACGGAGGGGACAUCAUCAACGCCCUGUGCUUCAGCCCCAACCGCUACUGGCUUUGUGCUGCCACUGGCCCCAGCAUCAAAAUCUGGGACCUGGAAGGCAAAAUCAUAGUGGAUGAGCUGAAGCAAGAGGUGAUCAGCACCAGCAGCAAAGCCGAGCCACCCCAGUGCACUUCCCUGGCCUGGUCUGCAGAUGGGCAGACCCUGUUCGCUGGAUAUACAGAUAACCUCGUCCGGGUGUGGCAAGUCACCAUCGGGACCAGAUGAGAAUGUGGUCUCCAAAAGCCAUAGAUUUUGUGUACAAAGCUCAAUAAAAAAAAAAAAAGCUCUAUUGA